GCCGAUUGCUGAGCCUGGCUUUCUCCUGCAGCUCCCCAUUGGAGAGGACACCCCACCACUGCUGCCACCGAGGACCUCCAGACCCUGUGAGGAGCAGCAAUGGGCCAGUGCAACUGCCGCAAGAAGCGCAAGGACUGCCAGGAGCUCACCGACGUGGAGCGCGCCAUCGAGACCGUCAUCAACCAGUUCCAUUGCUACGCAGUGAAGGGACAGAAGGAAUACCUGACCCCCAACGAGAUGCAGGAGCUGGUGGUGCAGAAGCUGCCCCACUUGGGGAAGUGUGUUGGACCACUGGAAGAGAAGAUUGAAUGCAUGGGAGACCCUGACGAGGCCAAGCUGGAGUUUGGAGAGUACUGGGACAUGAUGGGAGAUGCAGCCAAGGGCUGCCGGAGGAAGUAGAGGGCGGUGGGUGGACGGGAAGGCGCCCGAGGCCUCAGGCUCUGCACCAAGAAGCGCGAGAGGCUGCUGGUCCCGGUGGGAUGCGCCUGGGAAUACACAACGUUGCUCCUACCGGGGCUCAUCUCCUCCCCGCAUCCCUACCCGGGGUGGAGGGAUCCCCCUCCCCGGCUCCAUUCCUGCCCUCUCCUUUCCAUCAGGACACCUCCCUUCCCAUCCCCAGCAAGGGUGUGGUAAGGGGGUUCCUGGCUCCAGCUCUGGAGCUGCCUUUCUCCGUCCUUUGCCCCAGAGCCUUUAUCCCAGGGGUUAUCCCACCUCCGGCCCUGAAAACCCUCCGGUUGCAGGUCCCCCAGCCCCGGAGCAUCGCAGCAAGAGGGACUCGGCUCCUUUCCCUCCCAAAUCCCUUGGAUGUUUGGACUCGUCCCCCUGCCACUGAUGGGACCCCUUGCACCUUGUGCUUUGAGCACCUUUGGGGUAUCCCAGGCUCCGGGGCCAGCACCAGUGUCUCCAUGCCUGGCCUGGGUGUUAUUCCCUGCUCUUCCCGCAGUGCAGGGACUGUGGUGCCUUGCACCUGGCCAGGUUUUGGGGAUGCUAAGCAGGGGGGUAGCAUGGUGCUCCCCCAUUUGCCCCUCUCCAGGGAUGCUGGCCCCUGGCUGGGCUCGGGGCUGGGAUGGUGGCGGGUUGUUACCAGCUUGCAACCAGUUUUGUAUAAAUUAAUAAAGGAAAACACUGGAAA